AUGCUUCACAUUCUGUACAUAAAAUGGAGGCAACGCCACUCCAUUACCUCACCACGAUCUCGCAAGGAUAAACUGAAGAUUGUGAAAUGUCCGCAAACUACUAGACUGAAGGUCAUACAGAAGCCUUCCAUAGGAAACACCGAGGAGGCUGGAAGGCUACUGGGCAGCAAGAAUGUCCGUGUCAAUUGCUUGGAUGAGCAUGGCAUGACCCCUCUAAUGCAUGCAGCGUACAAAGGGAAAGUAGAGAUGUGCAGGUUGCUCUUGCGACAUGGAGCUGAUGUUAACUGCAAUGAACAUGAGCAUGGAUAUACGGCCUUGAUGUUUGCUGGACUUUCAGGAAACAAAGAAAUCACGUGGAUGAUGUUAGAGGCUGGAGCAGAGACUGAUGUUGUCAACUCUGUGGGGAGGACAGCAGCUCAGAUGGCUGCUUUUGUGGGUCAACACGACUGUGUGACUGUCAUCAACAACUUCUUCCCACGUGAAAGGCUGGACUACUAUACUAAACCACAAGGCUUAGAUAACGAACCAAAACUGCCAGUAAAAUUAGCUGGGCCUCUACAUAAAAUUAUUACCACCACUAACAUGCAUCCUGUUAAGAUUGUGUUGCUGGUAAACGAGAACCCUCUACUGGCCGAAGUAGAAGCACUGCAGAAAUGUUACAGGGUUCUGGAUCUAAUUUGUGAGAAAUGUAUGAAGCAGAAAGAUAUGAAUGAAGUCCUUGCUAUGAAAAUGCACUACAUCAGUUGUAUCUUCCAGAAAUGCAUUACAUUUUUAAAAGAGCGAGAGGAUAAACUAGAUGGAUUUAUCAAAAGUCUCUUGAAAGGGAGAGAUAAGGAUGGUUUCCCUGUAUAUCAAGAGAAGCUAAUUCGAGAAAGUAUCCGCAAGUUUCCUUACUGUGAAGCUACAUUGCUCCAGCAGCUCGUGAGAAGUAUUGCUCCCGUUGAAAUAGGUUCUGAUCCUACAGCUUUUUCUGUACUUACACAAGCUAUUACUGGCCAAGUGGGUUUUGUGGAUGCUGAAUUCUGUACAACUUGUGGGGGAAAGGGAGCAGACAAAAGAUGUUCAGUAUGUAAAAUGGUGAUGUACUGCGACCAGAACUGCCAGAAAAUACACUGGUUUACCCACAAAAAAGUCUGUAAGACCCUGAAGGAAAUUCAUGAGAAGCAAGAACUGGAAGCUGCCAAAGAAAAAAGGAAACAAGAAAAAAAGCAAAAGAAAGAUGAAGUGCAGCUGGUAGAGGGUAGUUCUACAAGCGAAGAACAGUCAGAUCCUGGUCCAGAUGCUACCAAAGAAGUGGAUCCAAAUCACACUAGUGACAGAACGGAAGAACCUGAAUCUACCAAAGAGAUGGAGGCACUAGCCCUGCACCCUGAAAGUCCCCUGGAAGCCAGUGAGACGGGCGUAGCUGACAUUGCUCUUCAAAAAAUUCAGGUUUCUGAGGAGUAA